AUGCCUCUGAGCUUCAGGAACUGGGUGCUUCAUCGUUUCGGGUCUGCCAGCAAGAAAGCCAAUACUGCCCUUGCACGAAUGAAUUUACGACCUAAUGAAGGCGACAAUGCCACGAACCCGCUCAUGAUUCAGUUUUUCACUUGGGACACGCUCCAUGAGAGUAUGAGCUGGUGGCAACAUCUCGAGCAAGAGAUCCCGCGACUGGCUGAACAGGGAUUCACGCAGAUAUGGUUGCCGCCUCCCAAUAAGGCUGCUGAGCUGGAAGGGCGUGGUUAUGACGCGUAUGACCUGUUCAUGCACAAGGGAACUACCAAAACACGUUGGGGCACACGCGACGAACUUCUCUCGGCUUGCAAAUUAGCAAAGGAACACGGGAUCGAUAUCCUGAUUGAUGCAGUUCUCAACCACAAAUUGGGCGCUGAUAGAUACGAAACGUUUCAUGCUGUCCCAUGUCAGCCUGACAACAGGCUGAGAGAUGCUGGGCCUGAGCAGGAGAUUCAGGGAUGGACAGGUUUUGACUAUCCAAGUAGAGGAGACAAGUACAGCAGUUUCCGGUGGACCAAGGAGCACUUUACAGGCGUGGACUGGGACCACAAGACUAGGACCAAAGGCAUAUACCGGAUUACAGGUCCGGGCCAUAAAGGCUGGUCGAAACACGUCGAUACUGAACUUGGAAAUUAUGAUUUCCUCCUUGGGAUCGACAUUGAUCAUCGACAUCCGGACGUCCAAGAGGACCUUUUAAAGUGGGGAAGUUGGGUUUUAGAAACGACGGGUGCGGGAGGUUUUCGUUUGGAUGCUAUUAAGCAUAUAGAUAGGAACUUCCUGCUGCACUGGAUUCAAACGGUGAAAGAACGCUCCGGAAACCCAAGGCUUUUCUUCGUCUCGGAAUAUUGGUCCGGAAAUAUCAACAACAUUCUCCCUUAUAUCCGCCAUUUCCAAGGCGAGACUGCCUUCUUCGAUGUACCUCUUCACAUGAACCUACAUCACGCCAGCCUGGAAAGAGAGAAAUACGACCUUCGACGCAUCCUAAACGACACUGUGGUACAAACGAUCCCCGGCGGUGCCGUCACCUUCGUUGACAAUCAUGACACAGUUAUCGGACAGAGCCUACAGAGCUGGGUCCACGACAACUUCAAAGUACAGGCCUACGCGCUGAUAUUACUCCGAACAUUAGGCUAUCCAUGUGUGUUUUAUGGGGAUUAUUACCCUAACAGGGAAUGCUACAACGAGGAUGUGGCCAGGGGCAUUCGGUUGCUGGUUGAAGCUCGGAGAAAAUAUGCCUACGGUCCUAGUGUGGAUUAUUUCGCCGACAGGAACUGUAUCGGCUUUGUCCGUAAAGGAGAUCGCGCCCACUUUGGCUGUGCCGUCGUACUCAGUAACAAGGAGUCUCCGACAUUUGUCCAUGAAAUCCGAAUGAAUGUGGGGGCAGUUGAAGCUGGUAAAGUCUAUCGGAACAUGAUGCUAGACGACGGGAAGAGAGUCGAAAUUGAUGCUAAUGGCUGGGGUACCUUCUCAUGCUCAGGCAACUCUGUCUGCGUCUGGGUGCGAUCCGACGGCUGA